AUGACCACUAUUACUCGGAAUCUACCAUGGUUAGUCCGUGACCUCGGUGUUUCCAUCAUUGGUCAGGAAUGCUACACGUCGUUGGUCGAGAAUCUCGCCCUCACUGACGUUCAGUGUCUUAAAUACGCUCUAUCCAAGGGCCUUGGGGUUGGAAUUGUCAUUGGAGGUUCUAUCAUGAAGGUCCCCCAACUACUUCUUAUUCUGCGCGCCCAUUCUGCCAGAGGACUUUCCCUGACUGCAGUUUGCCUUCGAAACACUUGCCUACUCCAUAAACCUCUUCUAUUCGUUUCGAAACGCGUUCCCUUUCUCAACAUACGGCGAGAACCUGUUUUUAACUCUUCAAAACGCACUCAUUACCUGUCUUAUCGUUUAUUACUCCCCUCGGUCACCCAAGCGCAACGCCAACCUCGCAACCGUAUCCCUAGGGAUGCUUCUUACCGCGGUAUUACUGGACAUUGUCCCCGAAGGAAUCCUAUCCUUCCUGCAACUUUCUACUCUUCCAUUGUCUAUCUUCUCCAAGCUGCCGCAAAUACGGCAGAACUACCGCGCUCAGUCAACCGGGCAACUUUCCGCAUUCGCAGUCUGGUCACAGAUCAUCGGAUGCUUGGCGAGGUUGUUUACGACACUGCAGGAAGUGGGGGAUUGGCUAGUUUUAGGCAGCUUCCUUCUGGCGUUGGCGUUGAACGGAAUCCUUGGUUUUCAGUUAUGGAUAUAUUGGGGAAAAACGGAAGUCGGGGAGAAGGGUUUUGA